UUUUAAUGGAGGAUACAGCUCCGCUCAAAGAAGAAGAUCUUGACUUGAACUUUGAUGACAUUGCACUCUCAUCAGAGCUUGAAAGAGCUAUGAUGAAGGAGUUUAAAGACAGCAUGUCCCAGUUUGACAGCAGUUACUUUGAUAUCUAUGAGUAUAUCAACAACCUGUUUCCGACUGACGAAACUCUCAAUAACCUUGACAGUGUCAUAGAGGAAUUUGAUCGGAAAAUUGUUGAAUGAGAAAAGGAAAUCAAAGACAAAGUGAUCCAGCAAGCCUACGAGAACGAACAAAUCAAGGAAGAGCUUGCUAAAAGGGACAUCAUGACUCUUGUAAAUAAGUUUGAAUCUAUCAAACAAAGAGCAGAGGAGAGUGAAGAGAAGGUCAAGACUAUCUGCUCUGAGAUUAAGAGUCAUGAUAAUGCCAAGAAGAACAUCCUGACUAGUAUUAGUUCACUCAAGAAUUUGAUUAUGCUGGUGACUGCUAUCGAGGAACUAAGACAGUUUUGUAUUAAUAAGGAAUAUAAAUUAGCAUCUGACCUUAUUUUGGCAACUGGAGAGCUUUGAGAUUACUUCAAGGAGUAUGAAAAUAUUAAUGAGAUCCACCAAGCUAAGAAGGAGAGAGAUCAUCUCUGAAGCCAACUCAGAAUUCAGCUUAGUGAGGAGUUCAGAAAGUUUGACAAAGGAAAUUCACCCGAGCAACUCUAUGAAGGAUGCUUUGCCAUAGACGCUCUUGGAGAACAGGCUGUUAAUGAAGUGAGGCAAUGGUUCUGCUCGUUCAUACUGGAGUCCUACAUCGAAGCUUUCAGUUUUGACGAAGAAAAUGAAUCUGCUAAAUUUGAAAACACUGACAGAAGGUUCGCAUGGCUCAAAAGAACUUUAAAGGACUACUCUAACAGGUUUGAAUCGAUUUUCCCUGAUGAAUGGAACCUAAAGCCAAUGUUGGCCUAUGAAUUUUGUAAAACGACAAAAUUACACCUUGACCAAAUACUUUCAAAUUCUCACAGCGAUAUUGAUAUUACAGUGAUGAUUAAGAUUCUCAGGAAGACACUUGAAUUCGAAAACUACCUUCAUAAGAGAUUCCUCUCGAAGAAGAAGGAUGAAUUUGACGAAAGAGUUUACCUAGAAGGAGACGCAGACCAAAUCAAGGAAAAAUACAACAAGAAAGGCUUUGAUUUCGAUAAAGAUGCAAAAGAGAAAACCCACAAGAAAGCCAGAGAAGCUGGGAGAACUAAGAUUUCAGCACAUAUCUAUAGGUUCAGAGGGUAUAUCUCGGAGUGAUUUGAACCAUAUUUGCAGAAAUAUGCUCAAACUGAAGAGAAUAUUAUCAUUGACUCUCUUGAACAAGCUAUGAAGGAUGAGGAGCUAGAGGGAGAUGAUGAAUAUCCAUUCUACAAAUCCUCACUUCUCAUGUUUGCUGAGAUAAAGAAGUCUAUCUCACGAUGUACUUCCUUUUCAAACUCAAAGACCUUCUUUGAUUUGCAUAGAUCGUUCAUGAAUGUCUUCAGACAUUAUGCCAGAUCUAUCAAGAAGAAUGUUCCUUCUCUUGGACAAACUCAAAAAGAAACUCUUGAUGAGAAAGUAGAGGUUACUAUUGCUUACAUAAUUAACACCUGUGAAUAUUGCAACAGAAUCCUUCCUGGCCUUGAUGAACACAUCAAGAAUGAAAUAGAAGAGAGCUAUAAAGACGAGGUCAACCUCGACAGUUCCCAAGAACUAUUCAGAACAUUGAUCAACCAAUCAAUUCAAACACUUCUCAACUCAGUUGAAGCCAAACUUCUAGAGCAAUUCAGCUCGAUUAUAAAAAUGAAUUGGAGUAACUUCAAAGCAGUGAACGAUACCCUUGAUUGCAUUAAAAAUUGAAAGAAAAUCCUGAAAAACCUAUGCUCUUCUCUUGAGACCAACCUCAACUCAACUUACUUCUCAUACUUCAUGAACAAAUUGGGACCUAUGGUCCCAAAGUUGUACAUGGAAGCAAUCUACAGAAUUAAGAAAUGCAAUGAGGAAUCUUCUCAGCAGUUCCAGCUGGAUCUGCUGGAACUCAAGAGUGCACUCAUGGACAUCUCAAAAUCUUCUCCCAAGAUGACAAAGACCUUUGUCAACUUGGUAAACAGAAGUAUUACUCAAUCAGAGACGAGACUAAAAGUUCUUGGCGUGCCUAAAGCACAGAUAUGUGAGGUCUACAAUCACCUGAUUAAUGACCAGGAUAAGAGCAUUGAAGACUUUGCUAAAAUUGCGAAAAUUAGAGGGUUUAACAAGACAGAAUUCGAUCUCUCUCAGAUCCAAGUUGAUGAUGAGUAAAUAUCUUCAAUUGAUAAAUAUACCUCGGGGUUUUGGGG